AAGAAAAGAUGACUUUGUGGAGAUGCAUUUUAUGUGCCUGAAAUGAUGAGUGUAGAGAUAUUGACUACCUGAAUAAGACCUUUAUCAGCCCCUACACUGGAAAACAGUCCUGCCAGGGCUGAUGAUAACAUUUGGUGAGCGUUUUCUGUAUGCCAGGCCCUUUUCUUAGCACUCAUGUAGUAAUAUCUCCUUUAAGCCUCAUGACAAUCCUACAAAAUUAAUACUGUAACCAUCCCUACAUUUCAGGUAAAAGAAAAAAAAAAAAAAAAAACGAAGCACACAGAGGUCACAUGACUUGUUCUCGGUCACACAGAGGAAGUAAAUGGAGCUGGGAUUCAAACCCACGCUUUUAACCACCAGCCUGCCCUCUCUGAGCUCUUGUAAUUCAUGUCGAGGAUUCCCGAAUGUCUCCCUCAGAUGCCAGAUCAUUUCAAAUAUGUUAUUUAAGUAAUAAUAUAUCGAAAACAUUGUAAAAGUAGAAACUAUAUAUCACUUUGCAGCAACAUUCAGAAAGGAUAAAUCAUCAGGCUGAGGAUGAUUGAAUUUAUUGAAUAGUGUUAUAUUUCAUCUGAAGAUACUGAAAUUAUAACAAGAAAUAACAUGGGAUCACAGAGAAGCUUGUGUCGAUUGCAAGAUCGAGGUGUUGUUCUUCUGGAUAGGUUAAAUGGCAUUUAAAGAUUUCAAGAUGACUGAGAUAAUAAGCAACCUGCAGGCAGGGAUGUCUUAGUCCUCACUCCACCCCUGGUGUGUUUCAAGUAAUCAGAAGCCUGCGACACCCAUGUGUCACUGACCUGGAGACAUCCCCCGCGGCAGGCGCGCGGCCCAGUGAAGCCACCGUGGUGUCCAGCAUGGCCGCGCUGCUCCUGGGCGCGGUGGUGCUGGUGGCCCAGCUGCAGCUCGUGCCUUCCCGCCCCGCCGUGCUCGGGGCCGAGCCGGGCCCCCCGGAGCUUGUGCGGAAAGCGGUGACCCUCCAGGACGAGGUCCGGGACGGCGCGGCCCCCAACGGCUCCGCGCGGCAGCUGCCGCAGACCAUCAUCAUCGGUGUGCGCAAGGGCGGCACCCGCGCACUGCUGGAGAUGCUCAGCCUGCAUCCCGACGUGGCGGCCGCGGAGAACGAGGUGCACUUCUUCGACUGGGAGGAGCAUUACAGCCAAGGCCUGGGCUGGUACCUCAGCCAGAUGCCCUUCUCCUCCCCGCACCAGCUCACGGUGGAAAAGACCCCCGCGUACUUCACGUCGCCCAGAGUGCCUGAGCGGGUCCACAUCAUGAACCCAUCCAUCCGGCUGCUGCUCAUCCUGCGGGACCCCUCGGAGCGCGUGCUGUCCGACUACACGCAAGUGUUCUACAACCACGUGCAGAAGCACAAGCCCUACCCUUCCAUCGAGGAAUUCCUGGUGCGCGACGGCCGGCUCAACGUGGACUACAAGGCUCUCAACCGCAGCCUGUACCACGUGCACAUGCAGAACUGGUUGCGCUUCUUCCCGCUGCGCCGCAUCCACAUCGUGGACGGCGACCGCCUCAUCAGGGACCCCUUCCCCGAGAUCCAAAAGGUCGAGAGGUUCCUGAGGCUGUCGCCGCAGAUCAACGCCUCGAACUUCUACUUUAACAAAACCAAGGGCUUUUACUGCCUGCGGGACGGCGGCCGGGACCGCUGCUUACACGAGUCCAAGGGCCGGGCCCACCCCCAAGUCGACCCCAAGCUCCUCAAUAAACUGCACGAAUAUUUUCACGAGCCAAAUAAGAAAUUCUUCGAGCUUGUCGGCAGAACAUUUGACUGGCACUGACUUGCGAUCAGCUAGGCUCGGAACCUUUCCUAUUGUAAAUUCUGGUGUAUAUCUGGCGGGGCGGAAAGAAUUUUAAAAGGGCAUUUAAGCUAUAAUUUAUUUGUAAAGUCCAUAAAUUACUUCUGUACAGUAUUAGAUUCACAAUUGCCAUAUAUACUAGUUAUAUUUUUCUACUUGUUAAAUUGAGGGCAUUUUGUAUUGUUUUUCAUGGUUAACGUGUAAUAUGUCUCUAUAUGAAGGAACUAAAAUAUUUCACUGCGGAAAAAAAAAAAUCUGGAGACACUGUCUUUUUUGAAUAUAAUUAACUUGCCCCCCACUCAAAA